AUGACAGUGGCAACAUCAACAGAGAAAGUAUUAGCUUUCUGCUUGGCAAGCACAUGUGCUAUCUUUUGGCUUGAAACCUUCCAAUUUGCUACUCAACGUGCCACAUCCAGCAGCAUCUUUGGAAGGAAUCAGGGAUAUGCUUCCACACAGGGCACUACAAACACGGGAAGAAAGGACUUGGCACCCUGGCUUUCUAUUGAUAGUGGCACAACAGAAUUCUGCGUGUCCUGGGAUGAAGACUGGUAUGCCGAUGAGUGGUGGACUCAUCAUCCUGAAUGGUGGCCGAACUAUACCAAAGAAAAUGAUACUCAUUAUUGCUUUGAACGCCUUCCUUCCCAAAAAGCAACAUUGUUUAGAGAAAUCUACAAUACACAGUUUGAGAAUAAGCAUAACUGCUCCUCCACCAUUUCCAAGACCAUGUGGAAUUCCGGGUGGGGAGCCGAUCUAUCCAAUGUUGUAGAUGGAAUCAAGGCAGCUCAUCAAACCGGAAAAGUCUUGACGAUGGCAACAAGUUCCCUUGGGUGGCAUUAUGCUGCAAAGAAAGAUGGAUUGAAGCCAGUUUGCUCGCAGCGAAACAUGCAGUGCUACUUUUUGAAUCUGACAAAUUGUAGGUCUACCGAGCGACCUUCGAUGGGGCAACAACAGUACUUUUUGGCAGGGCAAUGGAAGGGAUUUCAACAGGCACGGAGCUACCUUGAGUACUCUGCAAGACCGCAAAAAUGGCUCCGACGGGAGGUCUAUGAAUACUCCAAGCAAUACGAAGCACAACUUUUGGCUCCUUGUACUGUUCUACAUGUACGUCGUGGAGAUGUUGUUCUGAUGGACCCUACACCUAGACGAUAUCACACAAUAGAAGAGUACUUGGACAAGGCCCACAACGUUACAAGGAAUGUUCUUCUACUCACGGACGAUGCCAAUGCCAUUGGAGAAGCACUCCAUCUGUUCCGGGACUACAAUUGGGUUUAUUUGAACCGGACCCGCUACAGAGGUACUGAGGGAGGAUGGGAAAAUCACAUACCAUCCGAUAGCCCCAAGCUAGAAGUCAUUUCCCUACUUUCUGAGCUUCGGCUAGCAAGGAAAUGCAGCACCUUCAUCCAUAGCAAGUCCAAUCUUGCAGACUAUAUCUUUUCUGAAAUGAAAACAGCUCAUGCAAAGGUAAAAAAGAUAAACCUGGAUGUGGGCAAGGGAAACAAGGUUCACAAUGCGGAAAACUUCAAGUCCAUUGCAAUAUCAAAAGUGUACUAG